UCGAAGGAGAGAUCGAAGGAAAAUAUAUAUUCAGUUAUUCGUUAACAUGCAUUGUUCGUCGUUAGUAGUUCUUAUCUUUCUUUUUCUUCGAUUAGAAACGAUAAAAUGUCAAAACAUCAAAGAGAUGUUGGAAAAAGUAAACAAAGUGUUAAAUACUAAUGCCAAAUCUUUGCAACGUCGCUCGCUAGAUUCUAUGGAAAGUAUUCCGAUUUGGCAGGAAUAUGAAUUUGGAACGAAUGCUGGGAAUCGAGAAGAAGUCAUAGUAACUAAUAUUUCGAUCGAAGAGGAUUCAAGAUUACCAAGGAAUGAAUAUAAUUGGAUAGCACUUGAAAAUAAUGGAAUUAAUUAUUUAGCUUGUUCCGAAGAAACAAUUCUUUUAUUGUAUACCUUCGAUAUGAAGAAGAACGCAAUAACGAGACGUUUCGACAAAUUCGAUAUAGACGCUCGUGUGUUGACGUUUACAUUGAUCAAUGUAGAAGCUACGAGAUUACACGAAGAAAAUGAUAUUGUUUUUAUUAUGUGCGUUGAAAAUAAUGGCGUUACGAGUUUACGAUGGUAUCGAAUUUUUAAGCAAGAUUUAGAAUUAAUUUUGGUCUUGAAUAUACAACAACCAACGAAUGAUAUAAAAUUUGUUAGAUACGAGGGUCAAAAUAAAUUAUUAUUGCUAUUUAACGGAGACAAUUAUGGGACACCAGUCUCGUUAAUUGACAUAUAUAGUUUCAAUCUUGAUUUUGUCAAAAAAGACUAUCAAUUAUGGUUCAGUCAAAGGAUACAAGUUUCCUCGAUACUUAAUAUGCAAAUAUGUAAAGUAUACGAGCACAUUAUACUUGCUCUUAAUGGUAUAAACGAAGUUUUACUUUACGAACACAACGGGAACAAUUACGUUCAUGGAACGUUCGAAUUUUGGCAAACAAUUAAAUCAAACGAUUUGAAUAAUUUCGUUUGUUUCGAGAGCGGUCACAUGCAAUAUUUAGCUACAUCUGGACGAGAAUCUGCAUUAUUUCAUUUUUUGGAUAAUGAAUUUCAAUAUAAUUCCGAGACUGAAGAUUUUUUUAACGCUUUUCCAGAAAUUGCCUGGAUCGUGGACGUUCGUAUUGAAAGUUAUAGAGACGAAUCAUUGUUAUUAAUACAAUUAAAAAAUUCCACGGUCUAUGCUUUGGCUUGGCAGGGUGAUAGAUUUCAAAAAAUAUCCUUACCCAAUUUUCUUCUUAAUAAUUUUGAUCUAUCUACGGCAACGAGUAUUCCUAGAUAUGGAUUUGUAUCUGGAAAUCGAUUUGUCAAAAUCGAUACGAAAUUGAAUCAACUUCCUAGCCCUAUAGAAGAUAAAAUUGCAGGAAUAGUAAAAGCAAAAGCGUUAUUAGAAGAACUAUUAGAUAAACAAGAAAAUAUCAUUGAUGAGAUCGACGAAAGAUUCAAUCUGAUGGAUCACAUUAAUUAUACGGAAAUCAAAUUAAUCAACGCAUCAAAAAUAAUAACAACGAAUUUAACCAUAGAAAACGACGUAUUUUAUACCAUCAGUUUCGGUUCGAAAAAUUUGACAUACAAAGACAUAUUAACGAAUGCAACUUGGAUAAAGAUAUCUUUAAACAAUCUAACAGAAAAAUGUCAAACUUUAGAAUUAGAUCUAAAAAGUACAUUCGAUUUAAAUUCAACGGAAAUUGAUCUACUUGGUGAUUUAGAUAUUUCUGGUGAUCUACGAAUCAAUGGAAAUCUCUUCGUCGAACAAUUUUCAACAAACUCGAUUAAUGAUCUGCCGAUCUCCAAAAUAUUAAAAAAUUAUCUAACUAAUCAGUCCGAUUACGUCAUCGACGGAGAAAAAUCAUUUUCCAACAUCGAAGCGACUAAUUUGAUCGUUCGAAAGAUCAAUGGUAUACCAAUAGAACGAAUUAUGUUCGAAGGGUCUACGGUUAAUUAUUCGAAUAUCGAUUUUUCUAAGAUCAACGACGUAACGAUCGAUGGACACUUGACUUUCUCGAAGAUAAAUGAUAUCAACUGGGAACGUGUUGUCUGGAAAAAUAAAUUGGCUUUUAUACCAGAAAAAACUAUAGUUAAGGGGAAAGUCAAAGCUGCUGAAGUAAAGGUGAGGACGUUGAAUGAUUUAAGUUACCCUUACGAUUACGUGUUGGAAGAAGGCUCCGUUCCUAUCGACAUUACCGGAAUAAAAAACUUUGAUCGACUUAUCGUCGAAAGGUUAUCCCAAGUUUUGAAUAUAAACAAUGUCGAUAUAGACGAGUUCAUUACGCUCGAGAACGAUCAUGUUUUCGAGAAGGAUAUCACUUUUCGUAACAUAACUGUACUUGGAUCUUUCAUGAUCAAUGGUAAAAUAAGUGGAUUUGAUGUAUCUCAACUCGAACAAGAACUAUUGAUCAACGAGACUCAAAGCAUAUCUUCAAACGUUAUUUUUUACAAUUUAACUGUCUUGGGAAAUAUUCAUUUGGAGGAUUCGAUAAAUGACAAAUAUUGGUCAAAUUUUGACGAUCUUUUAUUGAAAAAUGAUUCCAAAGUCGAGAUUAUUGGAACGAAGACAUUUACGGGCAACGUUGCGAUCGAUGGAUCAAUCUAUGUCGCAUCUAACACGAUUAAUGGACAUGCCAUCGAAGAAUUUGUAACUUUGACAACCGAUCAAGUAUUUUCAAAUUUGAAGGAAAUAUCAGAGAACGUAACCUUCGAUAACGUCACUUACGAAUUUACAAAAAAAAUAAGAAAAAUCCUUGAAGAAAAUACGAAGGAAAAUUCGAAUUGCAUAAAUAAGAGCAUAAUUUUCGAAAACACUUUGUUCGUUGAUGAUCUAUCGUUUGAUAUUUUAAACAAGAAUAUCACCAGUAAUACGUUCAAUCAAAAAUUGAACCAAACUUUACAAAACGUUUCCUUUAAUAAUUUAAGAGUAAACAAAUUAAAUGUUCGAGAAAUCAGUCCAAAAUUUAUAAACAAUGUUAAUUUGAAUAAUUUUAUAAAAUUUGCCAUAACCAAAUCGACGAUGCAAAAUUUAACCGGAAAUUAUACGUUCGAUCGAUUGGAGAUCGAUGAUCUCGAGAUCAAACGUCUAAAUGGAAUGUCGAUGAAACAGUGGAAUGAUCUGAUCGACCGGUUAAAUAGAUUCUAUCAGAAUAUUUUCGAUGGCAACGUAACGUUAGAAUCUGUCACUGUAAAAGGAAUGAUCUACACACCAUCGAUAAAUGGAAUAUUGUUGGAUGAAAUGUAUAAUCCAGAAACUAUGGGUACUGUGAUAUUUGAAAAUGAUCUAUACGUAGAAAACCUAACUGUUCAUGGUUUCAUAAACAAUUUUAAUUUUACCAAACUCGUUAAGAAUGCCGUGUUGAAAACGGAUGAAGAAAUUAUAGUAAAUGGUUUGAAAGAAUUUGAAAAUAUUAGUUGCAAAUUUCUUGAAAUUAAAUCAUUUAAUAGACACAGUAUUAAAAAUCUUCUUGAUCCGUACAAGGAUCAAGACCUAGCUGGUCCUGUUAUUAUAAAUGGUACCGUUAAUGUUGUUGAAAAUUUCGAUGUAAUAGGAAAGAUAAAUAAAGUAUCUUUCCGUGACUUGAUAAACAGAGUUCGAAAAUUAGACGAAGAAACGUUUGAGCUAAACUCAAAUAUUCGAUUUGUCAAUUCGAUUGAAAUAAUUGAUCUCAUAACUAAUGGAACGAUUGAUGGAAUAAAUUUCGACAAAUUUGCCAAGUCUGUAGUAUUUAAAAAGGAAGAUAACGUUACUUUAUCAGGAGCAAAAAAUUUUCAAGGAUCAUUAACGUUCAACGAAUCAUUUCUAAUCGUCGAGGAAGCUUUAAACGAUAUCUAUUUAAAAGAAUUUUAUGAAAAAGCAAUUUUCAUCGACAAACCUUUUACUUUCAAUUCCAGCGUUAUUUUUCAAAAAGAUAUUGUCGUUAAGAAGAAUCUAGAGAUCCUUGAAGCUUUGGACGUUAAAACGAUCGGUGGCGUCGACAUCGACAACUUGAAAGAUAUCGUUGCUUAUUUAGAUCGGCCUUUCUUUUUUCCUGCUCCAAUGACGUUCAUAAAUAUUACAUUCAAUUCUAAUAUAAACGUCGAAUUUUGGAAUAACAUAGACAUGGGCUCGAUAAUACCAUUAGCUACAGAUCAGAUAAUAUCAAAUGAAUUUGUCAGAGCUUUCGACAUCACCGUCGAAAGAAUCGAUAUUCAAAGAAAAAUAAACAGACACAACUUGAAUGAAAUUUACACGGAUACUUUUAUGAAAAUUGGCGAUCAAAAUAUUACUGGGAAUCUAACAUUUCUUGGCAAAGUUCUUAUGCGUCAUGAUUUUAAUCCUCGUCUCAUGAAUCGUGUCAAUCCAAAACAGAUUCUACUUUUAAAUACCAACGAUACUAUAAUUGGAAACUUCGAGUUUGAAAAACCAGUGAUCCUAAACGGAUCUUUAAGAAUCUUAGGACGUUUGAAUGAAAUAGAUCUAAUUGGUUGGCGUGCAACUGCAGUCACUACGAAUUAUCUGACGAAACAAUUGGUCUCUGGAAAAUGGAAAAUACGUGGAAAUGUUUAUUUGAAAGAAAGUGUUAGGAACGAAGGACACUUAAAUGGAUUCAAUUCGACUAAAUUAGCUAAUUUGUUGAUACAAAAUUGUAUAGCAACAGAAGCAUCUCUAAUAGAAUUGACAACAAACUUGCCUGAUUUAUGCAAAAAUGCGCUAAACCUACAAUAUUAUGCAGAAAGUCAAAUUUACAAAUUCAACACUUUCGAAUACUUGCAAGUAAUCGAUGUGGAACGCCGUAUAUUAAGCGUCCAUUAUUUCGAGAUAGAAGAUCUUGAUAUACUUCUAAUAAGUUACGAAACUUGUCACUUGGAUGUUUUUCAAUUUACAGGAAGAAAAUUUAAAUCAAUAGCGAGUAUCCCUGAUUUUGGACAGAUCGAAAAUUGGAUAACUUUGAAUCAUAACAAUUCGUUAUACUUUCUUGUUAUGGGAAAACAAAAAUGUGGAAAAAAUUCGACGAAUUUAUGGAAACUCGAUAACGACAGAUUCGUUCACAUUUAUCAAUUUGAGAAUGUCAAAGGCGCGAAAAAAUUAAACAACGAUACAUUUUUACUGUUGUUCGUAGAUCGUUUAGAAAGUCGAACUAUCCAACAAUUAUAUAAAAAAGAAUCAUUUCAAUCUGAUCCGAAUUAUUAUGUUUCCACCGACGAAGAUCAACAAUUGAAAUUUGUUUCUAAUACCGAUAGAAUAUUAUUAAAUAAUCGAUAUACUAUCUAUGAGUUCAAUAAAGAUCUUACGAAUUAUACGUUUUCAAACAAUAGCAUGGCAUCGAAGCAAAUUUUUGCCAUCAAGGUGGGAAUUAUUGAAAGAGAAGAGUUUCUUCAUUAUGAUCAAAAUAUUACUAAGGAUCACAUAUUCAUCACCGAUAAUGAUUUUAAUCAAAUGAAAAUUCUACAAAUUAUACCAACAAACGAUCCAAUAUCGUUUUCAAUAAUUAAUUUCGAAGGAUUAGUCGAGACAUUAUUAAUUUUUAUUGAAAAUAAUAGAAGCCUUAAAAUCUAUGAAUAUAAAGGUAUCCAAGGUUUCGUUUAUCGAGAUAAUAUUAAAAUUCAAGCUGAGAAGAUUUCGAAUUUAAAAAUACGAAAGUAUAGUAACAUGGCGAAGAAACAUUGCUUAGCGAUAAUUAAUAAAAAUCGAUUAACGAUAUUGGAAGCUAAAAUGCACGGAGAGAGAUUGGAUAUGCCUAAAUUGUCAUGUCCUAUACCUUGAAUAUCAAUAUGAUCAUAUUUAUAUAUUCAA